AGGAGGAGGGUUCCAUUGGGAGCCAGAAGUGCGUUGCGCGGCAGGCUUUCCGUAAAGGUGGGCAGAAGUUCCCUCUUUGGGUUCCUCCAGCAAGUUCGGUGUCCGCUCAGCCUUCGGAGAGAGAAGCUGCGGCGGCAGACGGGAUGGCGGCGGCGGCGGCAGGGGCUCUGUCUUCGCUCAGGCGCUGCGGGAAGCUGAGAUGGAAUAUGCUUCCAUGCAUAAACUUUUGCAUGAGGCAACCCAGUUCCUUUAAAUCUUCCAAAUCUGAGGCUUUACCAAACCUAGCCAGUGAGGGAGUAACCUGUGCUCCACUUCAGACAUUUACAGAAGAGGAGAUCAUGAUCAAAGAAACGGUGAAAAAGUUUGCUCAUGAGCGAGUUCUACCAUUAGUACAGAAAAUGGAUGCUGAUGCAAAAAUGGACGAUUCUAUUCUACAAGGCCUAUUUGAACAAGGGUUGAUGGGUAUUGAUCUUGAUCCCAAAUAUGGAGGAACUGGGUUUUCUUUUUUUUCCAAUAUUCUGGUGGUUGAGGAGUUGGCCAAGGUUGAUCCAUCUGUAGCGCUUAUGUGUGAACUCCAGAAUACCUUAACCAAUAAAUUGUUUACGACGUACGGCACAGAAGAACAAAAGCAAACCUAUUUGCCUAGACUGGCAAAAGACAUGAUUGGCAGCUUCUGCCUUUCGGAGCCUGGUUCUGGCAGUGAUGCAUUUUCCUUGAAGACUCGUGCUGAAAAGAAGGGGGACUACUAUAUCAUCAGUGGGUCAAAGAUGUGGAUUAGCUUUGCUGAGCAUGCAGGAGUGUUUUUGGUGAUGGCAAAUGCCAACCCUUCCGCAGGCUAUAGAGGAAUUACCUGUUUCAUAGUAGACCGUAAUACAGAGGGCCUACACAUAGGAAAGAAGGAGGAUAAACUGGGAAUCAGAGCCACAUCUACAUGUCCUGUAACAUUCGAAAAUGUGAAGGUUCCUGUGACCAACGUGCUUGGGCAGGUUGGGCAGGGCUAUAAGUAUGCCAUUGGAAUGCUCAAUACAGGAAGGAUAGGAAUAGCUGCACAGAUGUUGGGAUUAGCACAAGGAUGUUUUGACCACACCAUCCGAUAUACAAAGGAGAGGUCCCAAUUUGGAAAAAUCAUAUUUGAUUUUCAGGGAAUGCAACAUCAGAUUGCUCAAGUGGCUGUACAGAUAGAAGCUGCAAGAUUGUUAACCUACAAUGCAGCUCGACUUGCAGAAAGCGGAAGGCCAUUCAUAAAAGAGUCAAGCAUGGCCAAGUAUUAUGCAGCGGAGGUUGCUACUCUAACAACAAGUAAAUGUAUUGAAUGGAUGGGCGGAGUUGGCUUCACAAAAGAUUAUCCUAUUGAAAAAUAUUACAGGGAUUGCAAGAUUGGUACCAUAUAUGAAGGAACCUCAAAUAUCCAGCUGAACACAAUUGCAAAAUGCAUUGCUCAAGAAUACUGAAAUUCAAGAGAUUUAAUUACCGCUGCAGUACCUGUCAGAAUCAUGGGUUAUCUCUUCAUGUCCAAUUUCUAAGACAAAAUAAGAAAAAUUGUGGUACUUUUAAAUAUGUACAAGACUGCAGCAUAAGUGGCUAGACUGUUACACUUCAGUAAUGUACCAUAAUAACUAAUUUUCCCAACUACAUAAUGAUACUGGGUGUUGAAAUCAGCCUUCUUCUGUAUCUACACAUUGGGGUUUGUAGAACUGGUAACUUCAGUUGAUUCUGGGCUAUCAAGGCUUCUCUGCUUUUCCAUGUGGGCUCUUUGAACUUUUGCACCUGCCUAUCAAGAUCCAACACAAAAAUAUAUAAACUGAAAAAGAACGUAUCCAAGAAAUCUCUGAAAUUCUAUUCACACAAGUGUGAUGGCCCUGAUCACAUGGGAGCUGUAAUGAAGUUACACUAAAAAAUACCCUACAACCCAUAGAUGUCGGUGAACUACACAAGUAUCAAUGGUAGGUGCUUGAAAACAUGGCCUAAACACUCUGGGCGGCUUCCAACAGAAUACUAAAACACAAUAAUCCAUUAAGCAUUAAAAGCUUCCCUAAACAGGGCUGCCUUCAGGUGUCUUCUAAAAGUCUGGUAGUUGUUUUUCUCUUUGACAUCUGGUGGGAGGGCAUUCCACGGGGCGGGUGCCACUACCGAGAAGGCCCUCUGCCAGGUUCCCUGUAACUUGGCUUCUCGCAGCGAGGGAACCCGGGCAGAACGAUGGGGGUGGAGAUGCUCCUUCAGGUAUACCAGAUCGAAGCCGUUUAGGGCUUUAAAGAUCAGCAUCAACACUUUGAAUUGUGCCCGGAAAUGUACUGGGAGCCAAUGUAGGUCUUUCAAGACCAGUGUUAUGUGGUCUUGGCAGCCGCUCCCAGUCACCAGUCUAGCUGCCGCAUUCUGGAUUAGUUUAGUUUCCAGGUCACUUUCAAAGGUAGCCCCACGUAGAGCACAUUGCAGUAGUCCAAGCGGGAGAUAACUAGAGCAUGCACCACUCUGGCAAGACAGUCUGCAGGCAGAUAGGGUCUCAGCCUGCAUCCCAGACGGAGCUGAUAGACAGCUGCCCUGGACACAGAAUUGACCUGCGCCUCCAUGGACAGCUGUGAGUCCAAAAUGACUCCCAGGUUGCACACCUGGUCCUUCAGGGGCACAGUUACCCCAUUCAGGACCAGGGAGUCCUCCACACCUGCCCACCUCAUGUCCCCCACAAACAGUACUUCUGUCUUGUCAGGAUUCAACCUCAAUCUGUUAGCCGCCAUCCAUCCUCAGGCUCCAGCCACCUCCAGAAUAAGCAAUGUUCUGAAGUGGAUGAUGGGGGUGGGGAGGAAGCCUACUUUGUGUUAGGUAAUGCACACAUUUUGGAAGAAGCACAACACAUUAAAAGGCACCCCCAAAAAGAGGAGACCAGAAAUCCAGCAGGCACAAGUUGAAUUUUUGGUUGUUUCUGCCAUCUUAGAAGAGGCAUUCUCCUCUGUGUGACAGAAGAUGUGAUCUUUCUCUUCGAUGAUUCAUUUAUUUCCCACCUUUCUUAUCUUAUGGUUUCAUGUGGUUUCCAGGCAGUUUCCUCUCCAGGCACCAGCCAGACCCAGACCUACUUGGCUUCAACCAAGUGGUGGCCUCAUGUGCCUUCCCUCUGCAGCCUGGGAGUGCUGCCUGUAUUCUUUUUUUAAAGAAAUGCUUGUAUUAAAAAAAUAAUUGCAACGAUCUGCAAGUUUAAUAGAGCCAUCUUUAAAAUUUAUUAAAAUGUUUCAGAUGGAGUAAUCUGAUUGACAAAACAUUGCAGCCCCAGUAAUAAGUGGUAGCAUUACUCUUUAAUCUGGCAGUAAUUGGCUAUACCAUUUCGGUGACAAUGUCCCCACUGUGCCUUCAAUCAAUCUAGCUGUAUUAAAAAAUAUGGAAAGCUUGUCCUUGUUACAUUUGGACUCCCUUCGUGGGUUUAGAACAAGUAUAGCCACAUAGUCCAUUUAUACGAUGUACAAAGCUGCUCAUGAAAACUGUCCAGCUACCGUACUUGAUUCAACAUACUGUUCAUGCCUCUGCUUUUGCUAUACAGUAUAUCUGUUACAGUGCCUGCAUUUGCCUCUUUCUUUUCUUGAGGGGCUCUGGGUCUUUUAACAUCUGCAUGUCAGUCAGAGAUUCAGCAGGCAGAACUUUCCUUUCCUUAUAACAACUCAUGCCUGGGAAAGCUUUCUUUAAAUUCUCGCUAGGAGGCAGCUUUUAAAAAGCAGAAAUCCACUUUCAGCAAGGGGGGAAUGUUACAACCCUAACUUGAAAUGGCUUUUGCAUUAAGCAUCUAGCAUACAAGUUUUUAUCACUUUGAACUGUGUGUUUAUUAUAUCUGCUUUGGGCUGUAUGCAGCUGAUCGGAAUCCGAUUCCUUCUAAAACCCUUGGUGAAUAUUUCAAGUUAAAGGCACAGUUUGUAUAAAGAGCAUCUCUAACAUGAAGUAUUUUUGUACAGCACGCUUACUGCGUGCAUUGUUACAAAUAUUUUUGUAUGUCUUCUACCAUGAU